AUGCACACAUUCUCCAAUCAUCCAAUCGGGUUGCUACCGGUAGAGCAGAACUAUGACCCGUCGAAACCUUCGAUAGCGGAAUUUUUUACUGGCCGUGACAUCUUUGUCACCGGCGGCACGGGUUUCAUGGGCAAGGUUUUAAUCGAAAAGCUGCUGCGAUCCUGUUCCGAGCUAAACAAUAUCUACAUUCUGAUACGCGAGAAGAAACAGAAAUCUAUCAAGGAGCGCAUAGUGGAGAUGCAACAGCUGCCGUUGUUCGAUAAACUUCGCGAGGAGCAGCCGGAACUGCUGAACAAGAUGGUACCGGUGCAAGGUGAUGUUUCCCUUCUAGGGCUCGGCCUUUCCCAGACCGAUAUCGAGAUGAUGCGUAAUGUGUCGGUCAUCUUUCACGUUGCUGCUAGCGUACGAUUCGACGAUCCGCUCAAGACCGCAAUAUUGCUGAACACGCGCGGUACACGUGAGCUGGUCCGUUUUGCCGAACAAUUGCCCGCGCUGCGUGUGCUAAUGCACGUUUCCUCCACCUAUUCGAACCCGGAUCGAUAUGUGAUUGAGGAAGAGGUUUAUCCAGCUUAUGCCGAUUGGCGCGACACAAUACGGAUUGCGGAAACGUUCGACGAGCAGACGCUCGAUGUGCUCGCACCGAAGUAUAUGGGUUUCCUGCCCAACACGUACGUGUUUACCAAAAGUCUUGCGGAACAGAUUGUCAACGAGCAUAAGGACCGGUUGCCAAUGAUUUUGUUCCGGCCAUCGAUUGUUAUCUCGUCGAUGAAAGACCCGAUUCCGGGUUGGAUGGAUAACUUUAACGGUCCGGUUGGUUUGUUGGUUGGCUGUGGCAUUGGCAUAUGCCGUACGAUGUACUGCGAUCCCAACAAUAUUGCCGACUUUACACCGGUUGACGUGUGCAUCAAGGCAAUGAUCGUUGCAGCGUGGAAACGUGGCACCGAACCUGUGCCCAGCAAAUCUAAUCAAGAUCUUCCGAUCUACAAUUGCUGUAUAUCCAACUUGAGAAACUCUACCAUGUCACAGAUAGUGGAAAUGGGACGUACCUUAUCGGAUGAGAUUCCACUGGAUAAAUGCAUUUGGGCUCCCGGUGGCGGUAUAACACAAAUACGUAUUCACAACUUGAUACGUGUGCUUCUGUAUCAUAUACUGCCUGCUAUAUUAAUCGAUGGAAUAUUUCGUCUGAUGGGUCAAAAGCCAUUCUUGGCGAAGUUACAAAGAAAAAUCUACACAGCAAACGUAGCACUCGAGUAUUUCAUUCUGAAUAAUUGGGACUUCAAAAAUGGCAACUUUAUAAAGCUAGCAUCGGAAAUUAAACCGGAGGACAACAAAGACUUUUACUAUCGGGACUUUAUCGAGUUCGAUGUAACGCUGUAUUUCCGCAAUUGCAUUCUCGGUGCUCGGCGAUACCUGCUAAAGGAGAAGGACGAAAAUAUUCCGAGAGCGCUUACACAUCUUAAACGGAUGAAGUUGUUGGAUAAAAUUUGCAAAACUAUGAUUGUGGCAGUCUUUCUUUACAUCAUUCUUAUUCAGUUUGAUAUGCUAGGCAUGAUACUCUAUCUGAUUUCUUACAAACCAUCGUAUGGUUUAGAUAUCGAUUGUAAAUGAAUAGCCUGCUCGUGCUUGGGCAGCUGAAGGAGUUUUCAAUUAUCACUGUAGGGUUCUGUGGUCAGUAAAGUUAAUGGUAAAAUAGCUCAUGUAUGAAGAAAAUGUUAAAUCAUAAUGUUUGUUUAGCAACGGUUUACAAAUCGUGCCACUCUUUAUCUUUUUUUUGAAUAAAAUGGGAUUUGAAUGGUACUGGAAGCAAAAAAUUUGGCACAGAAAAAUGUUCUCCUUCUGC